GCCACAGAGACUCUUGUAAAGAUGGCGACUGUGGGGCACAGAGGAGUGAAAACUGGACCCUUUACCGUUAUCAAACAUAGCUGCUCCAGGGACAGUAACAAUUGACACGGCAGCGGGAGCGAAAGCUAAUCCACCCGUGUGUCAGCAGCAGAAAGCUGUUCGGUGCUGGGAACUGUCACUGCGGGCCUGCUUGCUUUUGUUUUCGGUUGUCGUUGCCUUGGAUAGCUUAUUAGCUUCAACUUGGAAAGCGAAUGCUAACCCAGGGCUAGUCUUUUAGCUCCAUCGGCUGUUGGGAGCUCUCUCUACGGCUUUCAUGGAUUGAUAUGCUGGUUUUAUAAUGAUGUAUUGCAUGUAGCUAUUUAAAGUUUGAAUUGUAACUCCUAUGACUCGCUUGGAUUAAACACUUCAGGAGGAAUAAGGGGUGCCGAAUACCUGGCAUUGCGACACUCUUUUGAGUGCCGAGGCGGAGUGAGUUUACCGUCAUGUAUUUUCUAACCGGCUGGCCACGGAGGCUGCUUUGUCCGCUGAGGAGUGAAGAGGAGCCGUUCCACGUCCAGCCCAGCUCCCAGAGGUUUUACUUCGCCGUGCUGUCAGAGACCCAGCUCAGCAUCUGGUUUAGUCGGCCCAGUGUUUUGAUAGUCAGCUAUAUCGAGUCUGCAAAGGCGGCUACCCAGUUUGGCUUCUACCAGAAAGCAGAAUGGAAACCAGACGACUCCAUGAUAGCUGUGGCGACUGCCAACGGCUACAUCCUCCUGUUUGAUGUGCUGGGUGGCGGGGACGACAAGUACCUCUAUGAGCCUGUCUAUCCAAAAGGGAGUCCUCGUGUGAAGGUGACUCCGGGCUAUAAGGAGGAACAAUGUGCCCCUGCUUUGUCUCUAGAGAUGAAGAAGCCUGUGGAUCUGGAGGCCCCCAUCACCAGUCUGCAGUCCCUCCAGGAGGACUUGCUGGUGUGCACUGCAGACGGAUACCUGCAUGUGCUGCACUGGGAUGGGCUCGGCAGCAACGGACGCAAAGCCAUCUGCCUCACUACAAUCCCCUUCUCACUAGACCUGCAGUCUGCUCGAGGUGGUCCCUCUCCUGACCUGGAGGGAGUGCAUAUCCGUUGUAUGGAGUAUUGUGUGACGCUGGACGGCUUCGCUGUGGUGCUGAGUGACGGACGCCUGGGCUUCAUCACGCCGCUCACCAACACCAUCACCGCAGAUCAGCUGCAGGGCGUCUGGGCAGCAGAUGUGACUGACGGUACCUGCGUGGCUGUCAACAACAAGUACAGACUGAUGGCCUUUGGCUGUGCCAGCGGCUCAGUGCUGGUGUACAUGAUAGACACCGCGACAGGAUCAAUGCAGCUCUCACACAAACUGGAGCUCACCCCCAAACACUACCCAGACAUUUAUAACAAGACGGGUGCAGUCAAGCUGAUCUGCUGGUCACCUGACUACAGUGUUACCAUGGUUACAUGGGAGUGUGGCGGCCUAUCGCUGUGGAGUGUCUUCGGAGCUCACCUCAUCUGCACUCUGGGCGAGGACUUUGCGUAUCGUUCUGAUGGUACCAAGAAGGAACCAAUUAAAAUCAGCUCUAUGAGCUGGGGAGCGGAGGGCUACCACCUUUGGGUGAUCCCUAUCAAGCAGGAGAAGAAGAAGAAGCAGGAGGAGCAGGAGGAGGUGGAGGACAUGGAGACCCCUCCUCACCCCACCCUGCAGGCUGGCAUACUGCAGUUCCACUUCAUCAAAAGUGCCCUCACAGUCAACCCGUGCACGAGUAACCAGGAGCAGGUGUUGCUGCACGGGGAAGACCGCCUCUACCUGACCUGUGGUGACCCGUCGCAGGUCAACAAUCCCUCUGACACACACCCACACACACACGUACACCCGCACGACGGCAGCCCGCUGCACCACCCCCCCAACCCCGACUCCUCUCUCUCUCAGGGACUCAGCACUUUACUGGGACACAAGCACUGGCACGUGGUCCAGAUUCACAGCACAUACCUAGAGAGCAACUGGCCUAUAAGGUUUGCAGCCAUAGACACAGUAGGCCAGUGCAUGGCUGUAGCAGGGAGGCGGGGCUUUGCACACUACUCCUUAUUCACCAGGAAAUGGAAGCUGUUUGGAAACAUCACUCAGGAGCAGAACAUGACGGUGACAGGAGGGCUGGCUUGGUGGAAGGACUUUGUGGUGGUGGCCUGUUACAAUUAUACAGACCAGCAAGAGCAGUUGAGGCUCUAUCAGCGCUCAGCAAACCUGGACAACGCCUUUGCAUCCGUCACUAAACUGCAGUCAGACACUCUGCUGCUGAACGUCUUCAGAGACAUGGUCAUCCUGUUCAGAGCCGACUGCACCAUCUGCCUCUACAGCCUGGAGCGGAGGAACGACAGUCCACACCCGACAGCCAGUGUGGAGUUGUUGCAGGAGGUGUCGAUGUCUCGCUACAUCCCUCACCCCGCCCUGGUGGUCUCCGUCACACUCACCUCUGUGCGCACAGAGACCGGCAUCACAUUGAAAGCCCCGCAGCAGGCCUGCAUGGCAGAGAGCAUCAUGUUGAAUCUGGCUGGCCAGCUGAUCAUGCUGCAGAGGGACCGCUCAGGGCCGCAGGUACGGGAGAAGGAGACGUCUGCCAACUCCAAGAAGCUGCUACAAUUUUGUCCUCCUGUGGUGCUGGCCCAGUGUGUGGAGAACGUGUGGACCACCUGUCGCUCCAACAGGAAGAAGCGCCACCUGCUGGAGGCCCUGUGGUUGUCCUGCGGCGAGGCGGGCAUGAAGGUGUGGCUGCCUCUGUUUCCCCGAGACCACCGCAAGCCCCACUCCUUCCUCUCCAGACGCAUCAUGCUGCCCUUCCACAUCAACAUCUACCCUCUGGCCGUGCUGUUCGAGGACGCCCUGGUGCUGGGGGCCUCCAACGAGACGGUGCUCUACGACGGGCUGCAGGGACCCUCUGAGCCGCUGGAGGCGCUGUUCCCCUACUGCACCGUGGAGAGGACCUCCCAGAUCUACCUCCACCACAUCCUGAGGCAGCUGCUGGUGCGCAACCUGGGUGAACAGGCUUUGAUGCUGGCUCAGUCCUGUGCCUCCCUGCCCUACUUCCCCCACGUCAUGGAGCUGAUGGUGCACGUGGUGCUGGAGGAAGAGGCCACGUCGCGGGAGCCCAUCCCCGACCCUCUGCUGCCCACCGUGGCCAAGUUCAUCACCGAGUUCCCCCUCUUCCUCCAGACCAUCGUCCACUGUGCCAGGAAGACGGAGUACGCCCUGUGGAACUACCUGUUUGCCGCCGUGGGAAAUCCCAAAGAUCUGUUUGAGGAGUGUCUCAUGGCCCAAGACCUGGACACAGCAGCCUCCUAUCUGAUUAUACUGCAGAACAUGGAGGUUCCAGCAGUGAGCAGACAACACGCCACUUUACUCUUCAACACGGCACUCGAGCAGGGCAAGUGGGACCUCUGCCGGCACAUGAUCCGAUUCCUCAAAGCCAUCGGAUCUGGGGAGAUGGAUACUCCUCCCCCAACACCCACCACUCAGGAACCCAGCAGCUCAAGUGGCGGUUUUGAGUUCUUCAGAAAUCGCAGCAUCAGUUUGUCGCAGUCAGCGGACGCCAUCGCUACGGGGAAGUUCAACCUGCAGAAGACCUUCAGUAUGCCCUCGGGACCCUCUGUUAAAGGUCGGGAGGUGGACUGUGCGGAGAACAUGUACAUCGACCUGAUGCUGUGGCGUCACGCCCGCCACCUCCUGGAGCAGGUCCGCCUCCGAGACCUGGGAUGCUUCUCCGCACAGCUGGGCUUCGAACUCAUCGGCUGGUUGUGUCGGGAACGGAACCGCGUGGCCCGGGUCGAGGACUUCGUGUCUGCGUUGAAGCGACUCCAUAAAGACUUCCUCUGGCCCUUCCCUGUUAUCCCCGUGGGAAGCAUCAGCUCGCCUCUGAAGAACGGACGCUGUCGCCCAGCGCUGAGCACUCGGCUGUUGAAGUCUCAGUCGGCUGACAGUCUGCUGAACAGCGACAUGGACACGGGGCCCCUUCAGGCGGACAACACCAGCCACAGCUGGCUGGACAGGCUGGAGGACAGAGCCAAGGACAUGGACACGGCCUCCUCCGCCCACUCCAACCAACACUCCCCACAGACACACGACGCCUUCCUGUCUCUGCUCACCAACAAAGUGGAGGAGUACAGCGUGGGCUCGGCCACAGACCUGACGGAGACCAGCUCGGUGGUGGAUGGUGAUUGGAUGAUGGUUGAUGAGAACUCGUCCACUUUGAGUCUCAGUCAGGCCGAGUUGGAGCACAUCUCCAUGGAGCUGGCUAACAAAGGCCCGCACAAGUCACAGGUGCAGCUCAGGUAUCUCCUUCAUGUGUUCAUGGAGGCGGGCUGUCUGGAGUGGUGUGUGGUGAUUGGUUUGAUCCUGCGGGACGCCAACGUCAUAAAGCAGGUGAUCUGCUUCCUGGACAGCCCCGAGGUCCCCCAGGAAACUGUGCAGAGCAUCCGGAACGGCCUAUUGGCUGUCGACUCGUGGGUGUCCACUAACUGCCUGGGCUACAAGCCCUUCCUGAGCCUGAUCCAGCCCCAGCUGCAGGACCUGAUGGAGGCGGCGGUGGAGGCGGUGCAGCCCGAGGCCUUCCAGCCCACCAGCCAGAGCUCCAAGCUGGGCGGCUCCGAGGGUCCGGGAGGGGCCGCGGCGCCCCGGGCGGAGGACAUCCGAGGAGUAGCGGCUCCUCUGGGCCUCGCCCUGCCCUCCCUGGAACCCCCGGGAGGGUUCCCCCGUCCCCCCUCUGAGGACUGUCCCCCCGAACAGACGGAGGAGCAGAGGGAGGAGGAGGGGGGGACCUACGACUGCACCCUGUCAUGAAGCCAGGAGCCUCCUCUGGACUCACACCUGUGACAGAGGGGGGCGCAGCAGGGGCUGGACUGGAAAUAUACUCUUGUUGGAGUGUGUGUGUGUCUGAGUGUGUGUGUGUGUGUGUGCGUGUGUGUGCAGAAAGUACCUCUCCUGCAGGUUCUUACUUCAGUCAGUAUUAUCCACUCUUCAGAUGUACCCCCCUGUGGAUACCGAGCUACAAACCGGACAUCUCACAGACCAUAAUGUGCUGUUAGACAAAAGCCACCUGUCAGUUUGUGCGUCUAUACAUCAGGUGUGUGGAAGCUGUGGACCAGCACAUUUGAUUUUUUCAAAUUCCAAGACAAAUAUUCUGUGUGCGUAGCUUUUGUUUGACACUCAAGUUCAACUGGAGGCUUUGGAACGUUUUAUUUGUGUCACUGUCCAGACAAGAAGCUCCAUUGUUUCCUUUGGUGUAAUGUGUGCAAGAAUCAGUUCAAAGACGAGCCCUGAGUGUGUUAGCAUCAUGCUACAUCGCCUAGCAAAACGUAGAACAAAGCUCUAGUCGUGAACCAUUUACAGGAAGUGUGUCUGAGCCCACGGCGUGCACGAGAGGUGUUUCAUACUUUCAUACCUCAUAUGAUUUAAAAAUAUUUUGUGAUACCUUUUUCAAUAAUGUAACAGUGUACAAAAUAACAUUAUUUUUCUAUCCAUUACACCUCACCCUUCUUGAGCCUCCCCUGAGAAGCAUGGUAUGAAUUCUUUGAGAAGUGGCGCCCUGAGCAUUUCUCAGAAUACGAUCGCUGAGUGUGCGGAUUAGUUUCCAAACACAUUUCAUACACCACCUUUGCUGAUACCCAGACCCAAAUAUGUCCGAGUGCGCUGUCUGAUAUUCUUCAUGUGUUCCAGAUGUAAGACAACAAUCAGAGCAGUGUUGAGCAGAUUUAAAGCGCCAUAAAAUAUAAAACCAAAUGAUGUGAUAUGUUCUCCAGCUUUUAAACACACAUUUGGGUUUAAGUGUCCGUCUGGGAAAUGAGAAUGUGUUUUCCUUUCAUCAGCGAGGCAGAUUUUGUGUUAUUAAAUCCAUCCUACUCUGAAGACUUCAUACUUAUUGAAAGAGGAUCCAUCCCUUCCCUCAGCAGCAGUGUUAACAGUCAGUAUCAUUUUUAAAGUGAGAAUGGUUGCAUUGGCUAUGUAAUGGAAGAAUUGUAAUCAUAUCACCUCCCUGAACCUCUAAGACUAUGAUUUCUGGUUUGUGUGGAUUAUCUGGAUGCGUGUACCACAUUGUAUUGAGAACGUGUUGAUUUGCUUGGUGACUCAUCACAUGCAAAAUUAUUUUAAUUGUAUUAGUCUUCAUUUAUGGGAUUAUUUAUUGGCAUUAUAGCUGCCUCUGAAUUUUGCUCGGUUUGUUUUUAAUGACUGAUAACAGACUUGUCCCCCUUUAAUGAAAUCAAACUCGUGUAUUGGCUCUCUACCGCAGGAACUAAACGGUUCAUCAGUCAGUAUUAUAUUGUGCAAUGUAUCGAAAUGUUACUCAGCUUUAUUUUUGUAUGUUCUUUUCCCCAGCUUUUACUGAACAUGAUAGACCAAAUUAUAUUUUAUAGAUACCAGUUAGCUCUCUUGUAAUGAGAUGAGUCGGGUGUCGUAUCUGUAUGAAAUUCUUCAAUGUAUGAAUUGCCUGUUUUGUUCAAACACUCACAAAAGGGCAGAGUGAUGAACUUAACAUAACCCCCCCCCCCCCCCCCCCCCCUCUGAACAAGCGUACAGCAACACUACGCUGCUCUGCUGUACGCUUUACUUGAAAAACGGUAACACGACGAACCAAAGACUUGACGUCCAGAGGCCUUCUGCUCCCACCGGUUGCUUCAAAUCGAGUGUCUCACAACGCAAAAGGGGAGACAACAAACACCCUCACCCCCCCCCCCCUCUCUCCUUCCCCCCUCCUCUCUCCUCAGAAACUAACCAUUGAUGCUCAAACUCAUUCUGACGAGACAGUUUCCUAGGGAAAUGAUGAAUACUGCAGAUGUUUUCUGGUUCCCUUCUCUGCAGGUGGGGGCAGGUCAUGGUACUCCAGGUGCAUCCCCCCCUCCCUCCGUGUACAGUUUAAAUUGUUGCCUGAUUCCUGAGUAGAUUUUUUUUUUUUUUUUCUGGGGCAUCGGCAGCAAACACCCUCAGUGCAGUGUAAAGAUACUCUCUUGUACAUUUGCCUUUUCUACUCAUGUUUGGUUUUCUACUUCAUUUUUUUUCCUUGUACAUAAAGACCAAUAAAUUAUUUUUAAAAAUGA